UUCCGUCACUCACCCACCCUUUGGCCGUUUGCUGCUUCUCUCUCUCCCCUUAUAUUCCUUUUCACUGUUCCCUAGCUACCCAUCUCUCUCUCUCUCUCUCUCUCUCUCUCUCUCUCUCUCUCUCUCUCUCUCUCUCUGUGGCGUCUCGAUCCCGCCCAACUAUCACCGGUACAUCCCAACUAAUACCAUAAUUCGAGUUAUUCUUUUUUCCUUGACUUAAAAAAAAGACCCAGUUGUUAUUCUCCAAUUUUAGUCUCUAAAUAAAACUCUCUGCCAAUUGUUCUCAUCUCAAAGCUCCAAGCUUUCCUUGAUCUCCGCCUCAACUCCAGGUUCAAACUAAUGUACUGUGUUGUUGGUGUUUAGCAAUGCUUACAUAUGAGCAAGACCCGGAUGUGGUUCGAUGGGGUCUCGAGCUCUUUGAAGGUGAUCCAUAUUUGAAUUGUGGGUACAGUGGCUCUGUUAACCAAGAUGGGAUGCAUUAUUAUCAGGGGCAGUAUUUUAAGGAAGAUGUUUAUGAUACAAAUUGUCCCAAUGUGGAAUAUGAUGAACUUAUUGCUCAUCAUGCUCUUCAAGAAGAGCUGUCACUACUGGAUAUAGAGGAAGAGCCUGAAAUUUCAGCUGAACAAGUGGAGCAUUUGCAAGCAUCUGUCUUCCCACAAGAUUGGUCGCAGCAGUCUAUUGGAAAUUAUGGAUCUGGACAGGAGAUUGUUCAGGGUGAGGCAGAUGAAGUUGGGCCUUCUAGUUCGUGUUCUAGCCCUGAUGAAAAAACAUAUUAUGGAGACGAUUGGUCAUAUUCCCUAGAGCUGGCAAAUGAAUAUACUUUUGAUGGAGAAAGGUUGAACCAGAUGGUUCCUGUCCCUCAUGUUCCUAAAAUUAAUGGUGAUAUACCCUCGCUAGAUCAAGCAACUUUAGAUCACCAAAGGCUUCUGGACAGGUUGCAGUUAUAUGGGUUGGUUGAAAAUAAGGUCCAAGGAGAUGGAAACUGUCAGUUCCGAGCUCUAGCUGACCAAUUUUAUAGAUCUCCUGAACACCACGAAUUUGUGAGACAACAGAUUGUAAAUCAGCUUAAGUCUUACCCAGAGAUAUAUGAAGGAUAUGUUCCUAUGGCUUACGACGACUAUUUGGAAAAGAUGUCCAGGAGUGGUGAGUGGGGCGAUCAUGUAACUUUACAGGCUGCUGCAGACUUGUAUGGAGUUAAAAUUUUUGUCAUAACAUCUUUCAAGGACACCUGCUACAUUGAAAUUCUUCCUAAUACUGAAAGGUCGAAACGAGUAAUUUGUUUGAGCUUUUGGGCAGAGGUGCACUACAACUCAAUUUAUUCUGAAGGAGAUGUGCCUACAUUUGAGACGAAGAAGAAGAAGAAAAGGGGGAUGUCACGAAAGCACUUGGAGUCCACAAGUAAAUACCAAUGAUUGAAUGGGUUCUUGUUUAAUGUGGAUUUUGAGGACUUAUUGCAACCUCGCUAAUUAUAUUAUACAUGCAUAUCCGUAAUUGCAUUGUCACUACCCUAAAUAAAUUGUUCUACUGGUUACAAGACCGUUUUACCAGCCUUUUACCAGUUGCUAACUGCUGUAGUUUGGCACCCCAAGAGUAUGCUAUAUAUGUGCAGAAUAUUCUUGGAUUGAGCAUCAAGUUUUUGUAGUUGCAUAUUUCUUGUUAGCUUUCUGAAAUUACAGAAUGUGAUACUUGGUGUGCUCAGUUGCCUCUUUUAUGUGAUUGAAACUUGAAUCCCAUGUCGGUGAGUUAUAUGUAAUCUUCAUUCCUUUGUUGCGGGUCAUUGGAGGGGUUUG